AUGCGUGUUCUCAAUUACGCAUCACAACGUUCAUGGAUGGGUCUGCUGGCAGCAGCUCUACUGGGCACUACAACUGUGCAAGCGAUAGAGCUGGAUCUAGAGGAUGGAGCCAAAGAGGUCGCUACCAACAUGAUGAGCUACUACACUGGUAUGAAUCCUGGUGACAAUCCAGGCAAUUUGCCGGAUCCAUACUACUGGUGGGAGGCCGGUGCAAUGUUCAACGCCCUCAUCGAUUACUGGUUCUAUACGGGCGAUGAUACUUGGAACAACAUCACGAUGCAAGCUAUGCUCUGGCAGGCGGGAGAGAACAAAGCGUUCAUGCCGGCCAACCAGAGUAAAACCGAGGGAAAUGAUGAUCAGGUUUUUUGGGGCUUUGCUGCUAUGACCGCAGCGGAACGAAACUUUCCAAACCCGCCAGAAGACCAACCCCAAUGGCUGGAAAUGGCCCAGGCUGUCUUCAACACUCAGGCUCCCCGUUGGGACACUUCUUCGUGUGGUGGUGGCUUGCGCUGGCAAAUUUUUACCUGGAACAAUGGCUACAAUUACAAGAACACUAUCUCCACUGGCGGAUUCUUUAAUCUUGCUUCGCGUCUGGCAAAGUACACCAAGAAUCAAACAUACCAUGACUGGGCUGAAAAGGCUUGGGACUGGACUACCGAAGUUGGAUUCAGGACCCCCGAGUAUCGCUUCUGGGAUGGAGCUAGUGACCUCACUGAGUGCAAGCCAAUCAACCAGAUUGAAUGGACUUACAACGCUGGAGUGUUUUUGCUUGGCGCAGCUAACAUGUAUAAUUUGACCGAAGAUCCAAAAUGGAAGGAGCGGACUGAGAGGAUCAUUGAUGCUUCCGGUGUUUUCUUCUCUCGGGACCCACCCAAUGUCAUGUACGAACGAGCCUGUGAGACCGUCAAUACUUGCAUGGUCGACCAGCGGUCUUUCAAGGGAUAUCUGUCCCGCUGGAUGGCUCAAACUGCUCAGAUGGCCCCCUUCGCAUACGACACAAUUAUGAAACGUCUCAAGGCCUCUGCUCUGGCAGCUGCCAAAACUUGCACCGGGGGUAUCAAUAAAAAUGUGUGUGGCCUCAGAUGGACAGAGCAAAAAUGGGACAAGACGAAAGACUUUGGUCAGCAGAUGGCUGCCCUUGAAGUCAUCCAAGCGAAUCUGAUCACGCGUGUGGCAGCCCCUGUCACCAACGAUGAUGGUGGAACAAGCAAAGGGAACCCUAAUGCAGGUUCUAAGCCCAAAAAGAAGAUUCCGCCCGGUCUUGACUACGACAUAACUUCAGGUGACAAGGCUGGUGCAGGAAUUUUGACCGUGCUGUUUAUGAUUGGCAUUGGCGGUUCCACUGGGUGGCUGAUUUGGGAUUGA